AUGCCUCGUCGCAUCUCUUGCAAGAAACCUCUCUUCCCUCCCCGCGGUGGCAUCCCCGACACCUUUGGGCUCAUCGGCAAUGCCGAGCGCGUCAGCAGCGUCUGCCGCACGGAGGGAGGGGUGAUCGUCCCCAUUGACCGUUUCCCGUGGAUCGCAAUCUUGGACCAGGCGCCGGGCGACUAUCUCGGCAACGUGCACGACCUCCCUCGUUUGCGCCACGCCGCCGACAACAACACCAAGCUUGUUAGCAUCGUCUGGCUACAGAAAUGCGUCACCAAGCGCCAGUUGGUCCCCCUUAAGCGCUUCCUCAUCAAGCUCCCGCCCUGGCCUGGAUCGUGA